AUGGAGCCGGAGUUCUGCUACGGGAAUGGCUCGUGUCUGAGGACGGUCUACCCUGUUGCUGUCCGUGUCACCCUCUACUUGACCCUGGGGUCUGCGGUGGUCCUCACAGUGCUGGGUAACCUCUUCGUGAUCGUGGCCAUUUCUCACUUCAAGCAACUCCACACGCCCACCAACUACCUGACCCUCUCCUUGGCCAUGUCUGACUUCCUCCUGGGGAUUCUGGUCAUGUUCCCCGGCAUGCUACAAUCCGUUGAGACCUGCUGGUACUUUGGAGACAUGUUCUGCAAGCUAUUCACUAGCUCCGACGUUUUGUUGUGUACCGCGUCCAUCUUGAACCUGUCCUUUAUAUCCAUCGACCGCUAUUAUGCCGUGUGCCACCCUCUGCUCUACCCCCAUAAGAUAACUGAUAACACCGCAUUCAUCAUGAUCCUGGUCACAUGGUGUGUCUCUGCUGUGGUCGGCUUUGGGAUGAUCUUUCUCAAGCUGAAUAUAUUAGGAAUCGAGGAGUUGUACUAUAACAAUGUGGCGUGUGAAGGAAGGUGUGUUUUGUUACAGAGUGGGGUUUCCAUCACUGUCUCGUCCAUUAUCGCCUUCUACAUCCCCGGGGUCAUCAUGCUGGGCAUCUACCUGAAGAUCUACGUGGUUGCCCAGAGACAGGUACGCACCACAGGCCUUCAGAACACCAGCUCCUCCAAGGUGGACAAGCACCAAAGGAAAGCCACCAAAACGCUGGCCAUCAUCAUGGGAGUGUUUCUGUCCUUCUGGGCGCCAUUUUUCAUCUGUAAUAUCAUCGACCCCUUCAUCGGCUACUCUGUACCGCCCGCCUUGUUCGACACUCUUGUGUGGCUGGGGUAUCUGAAUUCCACCAUCAACCCGUUGGUGUACGCCUUCUUCUACAGUUGGUUCAGGAAGGCAUUACAAAUAAUCGUUUCCGGGGCCAUCUUUUGGUCUGACAUGUCUGACACAAAAUUGUUUGCAGAGUGA